AUGUUUUUAUCGCUUGUUACUGUCGCCUCUUUGGCGCUUGCAGCCACUGCUUCCUGGGACGACAACAUCAACUUCAACAGCCACUCACUACAGCACCGAGACUUAGGCCUUGAUAUAGCUAAGACCCAAAAGCGUACUGGUCUUGUCGCGAGGCGGACGGCCAACUUCUCGGACAGGCAGCUUAACUUCACCCAUGGCGUUGCUUCUGGCGACCCAUACCCCAAGUCUGUCAUCCUCUGGACCAGACUUGCCCACAGUCUCGCCAGCGAUCGAUCCAAUGUUACUGUGUCUGGGGAUGUUGAAUUUUACAAUCACGAGACUGAAGAGUACAUCCGAGCCUCGAAGCACAAGGUCUGCACGCAGUGGCGAAUCGCUAGCGAUGCGAACCUCACUUGUGUGGUUGACGAGAGUACGGUUUAUACUACGUCUGACAUCGACUUCACCAUCAAGACAUCUCCAUCUGCAGACCAGAAGAUUGACAACAUCGGGCUGGCUGUCCACUCUUGUUCAUACUUCCCGAACGGCUAUUCCAACGCCUAUGGCAAUGCCGCUCGCAAAGACCGCGUUGACUAUGUUAUCCACUUGGGAGACUACAUCUACGAGUCUAGCGUCGGCGUGCAAGGCCGCGAUGCUCGCGCUACUAUCCCCAGCCGUGCUCUCCUUAACCUUUACGACUACAGAACUCGCAUUGCCCAGUAUAGAACCGACGACGACCACGAGGUUGCCAACAACGGGUACCGCGAUGGAUUCAGUGCUAUGAACAACACUGAAGAUUCCUUUGUUCGCUCAGGUGGUGUUAGUGUCGAUCAGCGCAAGAUAAAUGCUGUUCGUGCCUACUUCGAGUGGUUGCCCAUUCGCCAGGUAAACAUGGAUGACAAUCUCCGAAUCUGGAGAAACUUCCAGAUGGGCACCCUUCUUGAUCUGACCAUGCUCGACACGCGCAACUAUGACCGUUCCAUCACCGAUCUCAACUACAUCUACAACAUUCACAAUGACGCCGAACGCUCUCUCAUGGGUUCCCAGCAAGAGGACUGCCGAGUAAACAUUACAUCCUGGUUCGGCACAUUCGAAAACCCUUACAACGAAGACCAAUGGGAUGGUUACCAAGCGAACCGCAACCGAACUUCCAAGACUCUCUAUGACCACGACAUUGGGAACAACAUCAUGCUCGCGGGCGACUCUCAUGCCAACUGGGUUUCAGACCUGGUCUGGUUGGACGAGCAUCCUUAUAACUCUGCCACAGGCGAGGAUGCCGUCGGUGUGGAAUUUGCAGGCACGGCAGUCACAUCUUCUGGUUUCGGCGGCACCAUUCGGUCUGCCAACAACCAGUCUUCCAUACUUGUCCGUGACAACGCCGAACUGCAAUGGAACGAGGGUUACUACAGAGGCUACUUCGAGCUUCAGGUUGGCUAUGACGCUGUGCACGCCUCGUACUAUGGCAUGCCGACGGUCGCCAGUCGGAACCCCUUGGAAAUUAGCUUGGCUAACUUCACUGUUCUCAAUAGCGGAAACAAGCUUCAACGUCCUGUAGCUGGCGGAAAGGUGGAGAGUGGAUAUAUCAAGACAGGGCAGGUCCAGAUGACGAACUUGACGUAUAACACGCAGAACCAGUCUUGGGCGGUCAGGAAUGAUUUCAAUCAGAUGUUCAUCUCGUUCCCGCGUACGACUUGA